AUGGCCCAAGCACUCGAAAAGAAUGCAAGAGACUUUGGCAUACGGAGACAAAUAUACAGGACUGACAAUGCACUGCAUACUAUGUUUCGUAUGUCAAAAGCUCUUGCACUUUUGCCGGCAAACAUGAUAAUUGAAGGCUUCGAAGUGGUGGUCAACGAGGCAAGGCUUUCUCCAAAUACUGAGGUUGCAGAAAGAUACAUUACAUAUUUUAGAAAUCAGUGGGUGGAACGUGUUGGACCGGAAACCUUUUGUGUACAUGGCAUGCCAAGGAGAACUAAUAACGACCAGGAGAUAUUUCACCGCCAUUUAAACACUAUCAUGAAUAGUCCACGUCCUGGUAUUUGGCAUUUUACCAGGAAGUUAAAUUUAACAUCACUAAAAUAA